CAGGUCUAAUAUCAUGACGCCACGAGGCGGCCGUUGAUAUUUAUACCUGACUCAGGUUAUAUUGUGUAAUACGUAAUUUAUAAUACGUAACUACGUGAUUUACGUCUUGUGCAGUGCAUUCGCGGAAAGAAGUCACAUAUUUCUGUGACUUUCGAAUAUUUGCGUUUGAAGUAUGUGACAUUCAGAUUUUGAAAGACUGCAUUGCUAACCUGUAUGUACAUCUUACCUUGAAAAUACCCCCCUUCCAUUAAAAUUAUACGCAGUCAUUGGAAGCAGAUAGCAGAGAUCAUUUUACGGUAUUCAAGUGAAUAUUGAAACACUGAAUACAACAUGGAAAGAAAAAGAUACAAACUAUGGUUACAAAGAAACUUCAACAAGGACAUGGUAUCGAAAGCUACAUAUAAGAAAUGGAAACAGAAAUACGACGCAAUGUUACGUCGUGUAGAUGAACGCACAGGGAUUACUGAUUGUGAACCAUCGUGUUCGAAUCAGCUUUGUAACGCUGGAAUAUUUGAACAAGAAGUCAUUGGCAGUGCUGGUGUUAGUCACGAAAAUACAAUACCACAAUCUGCACAAUGUGUGCAAGAGAAUAUCUCAUUUGAAGAUCAAAAAUGGGUACAUGCAUCUUACGAAGAAAUGGCAUUUGAUGAAAAUACGUCGGAUGCAGGAAGUGUCACUGGGAGUGUUGAUGACAUUGAAGAAGAAAAUGAAGAUGAUUUAGACGUGCGAAAUGAAGAAUUUCAUACACGCACAGGUAGUGCAAUAAUGUUUCCGGCGGCGGGUUUAAGUGUAGAUGAUGUUGUCUCGAUGGUAGCUGGGCACUGUUUGCGAUAUCGUGCGUCAAAUGAAGCGCGCAAAUCUAUAAUGGAACUUCUUCAUAUAUGUGCUGGACCAGCUUUUCGUAAUAUUAAUAUAUCAAAUCAUAGAUUCGCGAAGCAAAUCGACCCACCGGAUAAUAUAAUAACUUAUCAUUAUUAUUGCACUAAUUGUUACAGCAAAUUAUAUUCUACAACAAAGAAACAUUUUGAGGCGAAUCAAAUAUUGUGCGAGUUUUGCAAUCAUAAACACAAUAUAAGUUUGUCAAGCACAAAUAUGUUUUUAUCUAUAGAUUUACGGUACCAAUUAGAUUUACUUAUGCAGGAUAAAAAUGUUCGGAAUGCUUUGAUUGAAAAAAUUAAUGCUCGGCGCGUUACACAAGAAAGUAGAGAUAUUAGUGAUAUAAGCGACGGGGAAUUAUAUCGUAAAAUGAUUAUGGACUAUCCCACUUCUUUAACAUGUAAUAUUAAUACUGAUGGAGCGCCAUUAUUUCAUAAGUCAAAACGAAGUUUUUGGCCUCUUCAACUCAUUUUCAAUGAUUUACCACCAACAAUGCGCUUUAAAUAUGUAUUGAUGGUAGGUAUCAUGAUUGUUGAACAUGAGCCGACUCCUCGACUUAUGAAUACAUACAUUACGGAGUUCAUUAAACAAAUUAAUCGUUUACGUAAAGACGGUGUCGAUCUUGGCAUAACGGUUGAUAAUGUUUGUAUCUCAUAUGCGCCGACUGUUUUAUGUUGUUCAAUGGAUUCUGUAGCUCGACCAGUAGUCCAAAAUAGAAUACAAUAUAAUGGAUAUUUUGGGUGUAGCUACUGUUAUCAUCCUGGGCUAUAUAUUUCUGCUAUGCGUUAUCCUUUCAAGUACCAAGAAUCCGAGUUAAGAACUCAUAAAACUCAUUUAUAUGAUGUGCAAGUAUCGGCUAAAACUGGAUUACAAAGUCGAGGAGUGAAGGGAGCUUCGGUACUUGCAUCAUUAUCAAAUUUUGAUAUGGUGUGGGGUUUUCCGCUUGAUUGCAUGCAUACAGUCAUUUUAGGCGUAACAAAACACAUAUGGGACUUAUUUACAAAAAUUCUAAGUCGCGAUGCAAGGAAAAUCAUUAACGAAAGAUUAUGUAGAAUUCAACCUCCUCGCGAUUUGCGGAAGUUGCCGCAAUCAAUGACUAAUUAUAGUAAUUUUAAAGCAAAAGAUUGGAAGUCAUGGUUGUUAUAUUACUCUAUACCUGUUUGUAUGGAUUUAGUGCCAAAGAAAAAUCUCGAACAUUACGUACUAUUUGUCAAAAGCGUGUAUAUUUUACAAAAGACCUCAAUCUCGCAUUCUGAACUGGAUCAGUGCGAAGUAGAUCUCUUGAAGUUUGUAGCAGAUUUUGAAAAUUUGUAUGGAACGAUUGCAAUGCGAUAUAAUGUUCAUUCUAUUCUUCAUUGCGUUCAAUCUGUUAGAAAAUCAGGACCUCUUUGGGCGACAUCGGUUUUCCCGUAUGAAAGUAACAUUUUUGUUUUGAAGCAACUAGUCAACGGGCCAAAGGGAGUAGAGCAACAAAUGGCCAAAAAAUCAUUGCAAGUUAUGUCAUAUCGAGUAGGCGUAGCUACUAAUUCUUUACCGAAUAAUGUAAAAAUUUAUUGUGAUAAACUAUUUUGUGGCAAUCGGUCAACUGUAAACGUAGAAGUUACAGAGGGUGUAACUUUUUUUGGAUCGGGCAAAUAUUUUGCAGAUGUAUACACAGCUGGAGGCGUAAAAUAUGAGAAAUGUGUGUAUAAUAACCAAUUAUACCAAACUAAAAAUUACACGCGGUCCAAAAGAUGGAAUAAUAGUAUUAUUCAGCUAAAAUCAAAGAAAAUUGCACAAAUUUUAGAAAUAAUCAGUUUUCCCGAUACUGGAUGUUAUUUCAAUGUCAGUGAAUUGCUUUUAGAGAAGGUAAUUCUUGGAGAAAUUGAAAUACCACAUAUGUGGAAGAUAAGAUCGCUAACAAGUAAUCAAUUUUUAGUGUCAAUAGUCGAGGUUGCUUCAAAGAUGGUUCUAGUAGACAUUGGAGAACAAAUGUAUGUUUGUUCAAUGCCUAAUGUAUUCGAGGCUGAUUAAUUAAAACUUUUUAUUUUUUUAAAUUAUCUUAAAUCAAUAAUUUUAUGUAAAAUUGAUAAUGUUAUUUAUUGUAAGAAUGUGUAUUAUAAUACUUAAUAUUAUUUUAAAAAACACUAUGUCUUAUAUGACUUUACAUGCUUUGGUUACUCGGAGUAGGUAAAAAUACAAUUCUCAUCGAGGUCACGCUGUACGCUAAAAAACGAAAGAUAAUAUAAUUUAUUUUAUUGUCAACUUAAUUGUACAUAUAAUUGUAUAUAUAAUUGCAAUAAAAAUAUUUUAAUAUAAUUUUUGUAAA